UUCCUGAGGAUCGAGGGGUAGAAAUAGAGCAGAAGACCAGAAAGCCCUAAACCGGAAAUACGACAUGUGGUCUUCUUUCUUCCUCGUCGCUCCACCUUCUCCUUUCCAUAUCCUCAUUUCCAAUCCCAAACAAUGCACUGCCACCGCCGUCGCCCGGCCCAAUCGCCGCCGCUCUCUGACGACCCUUCAGAACGACGGCGUUUCCCCUGGCCAAGUCGGCGAAUUAGGGCAUACCCUCGUCACGGCUCUUCCAUCCAACCCACCUCAGAUUAGUGGGUCGGAUGUGCUUUGGGCAUUGCAGAGAGCGAGCGAGCGUACGAAGAAGAAGAAGAAGAAGCAGCAGCAGCAGAGGAGGGAAGAGGAGUCGUCCUCUGUGAACAGUCUCAGUAUUGUGGACUAUGCCGAUGUUCGUCCCCUGCGUGUUAAGAGUGAGUGGAGUGAUAAAUUGGACGAGUUGGAGAAGCGUCUUCGUGAGCUUUCUGAAAUCAUCUGAGUCUGGGUUCAAUCAAGCUUGUACUUUUUUUGCAUUUCAACUGCAAAUAACCAAUACUGCCGCUCAAGAGAGUCAGUUCUGAAAGAGAUAUUAAUUUCUUUCAACUUUGAUUUCAUGAUUGAAGGGAACGUUUGUCUGGAUGAA